UAUAGCAAUUAUUUGAAGCUUUUACAAUUAAAAGAAAUUUGUCAAAAUUAUAUGAUACCUUUGAUUAAUAAAGAAAAUUGUAUUGAAAUUUAUGAAAAAUCAAUAGAAUACAAUGCUUCUAAUCUAACAAAUUAUUCAUAUAAAAUUAUAGCCAAUUAUUGGAAUGAAUUCAGUUAUCUACACUUUACAAACAUUCCUGCCUCAUUAUUAUAUGAGUUAAUCAAAGUUCACUGUAAAUUUUCUUUGCACACCGCUAUCAAAAUGAAAAGAGAAGAUGUUGUCCUUUUAUUUUUAGUAGAUCAUGACUCAAGAAUUCCUCAAAUUUUAAAUCAAAUGGAUGCUGAAACAGGGGACUUACCUUUAGAUCUAGCUCUUAAUUCAGGACAAGAAAUAUUGGCUCAGACCUUAAUUAAAUAUAAAGCAGAUUUAAAUGCCUAUGACAAAUUUGGCAUUCCAUUAUUACAUAAAGCCAUGAUGAGAAGUGACGAAAAAUCCUGCAAUUUUUUGCUGGACAAUGGAGCCGACCCCAACUUGAAGGACCGAAAACUUAGACGCAACGCUCUUCAUUUAUUAGCAGACGUAGAAAAAUAUAAACGAGCUAAACAUAUUUGUUCGCAAAAUGACCAAUCAAAAGCAGGCACCCAAGAUUUAAUUGACUUUGGAUCAUGUGAAGAUUUCGGGAAUAAUUUAUCAAAAAUCAAUGAAACCCUUAACUGUCUUGAUAUUGGUCAAAAUGACGUUCAUGAUAAACAAUCUAACAAAGGCAAUAAAAUCUCAGCGAUUGAACAGCCUUCUAUUGAUGUCGUGCCCAAUCACGUUAAAUUUAAUAUGUUGCGAUUUUUGAACAAGUUGUUAGAACUGGGUGCUGACGUCAACGCUGUCGAUUUUGAAAAAAAAACACCUCUUCAACUAGCUAUCGAAAACGGUUGUCAAACUAUUUUUGAUGUCCUUCUUCAAAAUCCCAACUUAGAGCUGGUAAAUACUCGAGACAAAUCAGGUCAUUCAAUCAUAUAUGCUGCUCUUAAUUGCCCCCUUAAGAAUAACGAAACAAACCAUUACUUUGAAAUGGCUUCUAGAUUGAUAGCUAAGGGUGUGCCUCAUCAAGAUGUUAUCAACACUGUUAAUGGUCUACCAUUGCUUAAUGAAUUAAUGAUGGAGGGUAAUCUCAAGGCCUCAGAAUUUUUAAUAAAAUUAGAGGGCGUUAAUUUGAAUUGCUGCGAUAAUCAAGGAACCAGGCCCAUCCAUAUAUUGGCCGCCUUCGAGAAUUGCUUGAACUUAGCUCAAAUCCUUUUAGACUCUACGAGUCAUACGAGUUUAUCAUUGACAGAUAAGAUGGAUUCUCUUGAUAUUAAUGCCACGACAUUAAACAAGGGUCAAUCUGCUUUACACGUGUCGUUGAUCGAAAAGAAUUUCGCCUUUUUAAAUCUGGUGUUGGAUAAAUAUUGUUCUAAUAAUCACGGAGUACACCCUAAACUUUUCUCCAGAUAUUUGGACCUAAAUAUAAUCGAUUAUGAUGAUCAAACUCCCCUAUCCUUGGCGUUGAAAUCUCAAAAUUAUGAAAUUGCUACUAAACUCAUAUUCAAUGGUUCCGAUAUUAAUCUGGUACAUCCUGGUGGAAAGACCUUGUUAGAAAUUUGUAUUACUGAAAAUGAUGAAAAUGGGGCCAUCUUUUUGCUCGAAAAUGGAGCGAAUCUUCAUUCGGCCAACCAAUUGGAUUUAGUUUCAUCAAACACUAGCCAUUUGUUCGAGUUGUCUAUCAAGCGAGGUUUAAUAGGUGUUGUUAAAGCACUUUGCCAACUCGGGGUCGAUGUCAAUUGCCUUUUAUCUUAUAAUAAUGCGCACGAUUUAAAUGAUGCGACCAUUUUAAACGAUCACCAAAAUCAGAAUGGAUUCAUUAAUCAUCCGGAAUCCGACAAGAAAGGGGAUAUGAUUUGUCCUUUGUGGCUAUCGCUUAUCUUGAAUAAAUAUGAUAUAGCAUGCGUUUUGGUGCAAUAUGGAUGUGACACGACAUAUUGGUGUGAAGGUCCUGAAGGAUGCUUGCAAACGUUACUGCAUAAAGCUAUCGAUAUGAAUGAAGAAGACAUAGCUUGUUUUCUAGUUCGUAGUAACUGCGAAGUAAAUUGCGUCAGGAAGCCAGGACCAAGUGGCCAAGGAGGGGAGGAAGCGACCGAUAAACAAACCCCGCUUCAUUUAUCCUGCGCUUGGGGUUUGGAUAAGUUAGUGGCUUGCUUGCUCGAGCACAAGGCCGAUAUCAAUAUUAUUGACUCCGAAUCAAAAACACCUCUCCACGUAGCCAUAGAAAAUCAACAUCAAGCCUUGAUACAUUCUCUUUUAUCUCACCCCUUUAUCAAUUUGACGAUCAAAGAUAAGCGAGGUAAAACUGCCUUCGAAUCUGCUUUGGACCUCAAAAAUCAUGAAGCCGCUCUAGCCAUAGUCAAUCGGGAACCAGGGGCAUCUGAACAAAUGGAUUCCAAGGGCUUUAAUUUUCUACACAACUCGAUCAAAAACAAGGAUAUUGAAAACGUGCUUUUUCUUAUCGGCAUUCGUGCAAACGUGAAUUCCAGGGUUCAGGAUUUCUUACAAAACACUCCUUUACAUUUAGCCACCUCGGAGUCCUCCGAAAUUAUUAUUCGAAACCUGAUUUUGGCCGGCUCGGAUGUUAAUGCCAAAAACACCAACUCCCAAACCCCUCUGCAUUUGGCUGUUAUAAGUGGAAACGCUGAUUAUGUUAGAAUAAUGGUUGAAAACGGAGCAGACAUAGAUGCUAAGGACAACAAUGGAAAUUCGGUUUUGCACUUAGCAAUCAUGAAUGGCAACAUUGAAUGUCUGGAGUAUUUGCUAAUAGAGACUGAUAUCUCUCCCGAUACCAUCAAUUUUAAGAACAGGUCUGCUCUACAUCUGAUAGGCAUUUACGUUAAAGAUAACGGUAGCGCUGUAUUUGAUUUAUUCAAACAACAUAGGCAAAACUUCCCAAUCAACGCUCAAGAUAACGAUGGAAACACCCCUUUGUUGUACGCGUAUCUAAAUGGCAGAGGUAAUUUAUGCAGAUCGUUGGUGAAAGGUGGCGCCUCACUGGGGAACACGAAUUUCGAGGGCGUUUCCAUAUUUAAUGCUCAAGUUGCAUCUCAUCAAUUACUUUUUCGCCUACUAGAUAUGUUAAACGACGAGCCAACAUGGACAGAAUCCGAUUAUUGUAAUGAAUGUAACACUAAAUUCGGUAUAACAAUGCGAAAACAUCACUGUCGGCAUUGCGGUAGGAUAUUGUGUACGAAAUGUUCCGACAAAACAAUGCCUAUUUCGAAAUACAAUUUGACUAAACCUGUUAGGGUUUGUUCAGUGUGCUACGAUGUUUUAACAUCCAAAAUCAAUUCUAAGUGAGCCCCUCUCUUCAUUUUAUGCUUUCAUUUAUUUAAACAAACACCAUCAUAUCAUCGUAACGUUUAUUUUCAUGAAUUAUUGUCUCUAUAUAUAAUUUAUUUUUGUAAAUUUUUACAUUUAUUAUACAUAUUUAUUGUAUAUUUAUAUCUCUUAUUCCUAUUAUUAUUUAUUAUACAUCGACACAUUAA